UUCUGUUGCAGUUCCCCUGGUCUCCAAGGUGUGUCCCAGUGAUGUUUACCGCGUCUGGAAGAGUGGUGCUAACCUGCGGGUGGACACCACGUUACUGGGCUUCGAGCACAUGACCUGGCAACGGGGCAGGCGCUCAUAUAUCUUCAAGGGCGAAGACGAGGGAGCUGUGGUGAUGGAGGUGGAUCACGAUAAGCAGCUCGUUUACACAGAGACGCUGUCUCUGGAGCAUCACGACCCUGACCUGGUGCUGUCAGCAAUGCAGCCAACAGAGGAACACAUCGCAAACCGACUCACCUCCCCCAUCGUCUCCACCCACCUGGACACCAAGCACAUCGCCUUCGAGAGGUAA